ACUCUGUUGUGUCUGCCGUUGUUAGCCGGGAAGCUAGCCCCUGAACUAGCCCCUGAACCGCCUUCACUAGCUUUAACUAACUGGAGGCUGGCUUAACAAAGUUCUAGCGUCUUGGCCUUCCGGAUGCUUAACUGAAGCCCCUUCUCCGCGUUUGUCACUCCACACUCACUCGGCAGUAGUAGUGAGUCUACACUCCGCAAAAAAAAGAAAUCAUCAUCACACAACACAGAACCAGCACCGCCAGCAUUUUGAUGUGAUGUAUAUACAUGUACAUGUACAAAAGACUUCGCCUUAUUGCUCACAAUGACGCACUUAACAUUUCCACCAAUUGCGACCCACCCUGCCUUCUCCCCAGUGCCAGGAGAAACCAAAACCCAUUAUGCCCGUCGUGGAAUUAUUGUCGAGUUGUUCGAUGUAACAUCCUCCUCCCUGUUAAAUGACGGCUAAGAGGAGCUAGCAAAGUCCUGGCUCAGCAGCUCCUGAUUUGCGGGAAAGAAGAAGGUGCCAUUGACGUGAAAGAUCGGCAAGCUCUCGGUCGAGUCAGGGGAAAUCAUGAAUUUGCGGGUAUAUAUAUAUAUAUAUCGUCUUGCGCAUCACCACCCCCUUCGCUUUUACUCAACAUGGGUUAUUUGCAGACGCUGUGGACACUGCGGUUAUCGCGAUCCCGGGGAAAACUUUAGAUUUCAGUGUUUCGUCAAGGAGUACGCUGCUAUCGCCUUACAGUCGUUCCCGCGGUUUCCCUUCUCGUGCAUCUCCAGAGCUAAAGAGCAUUGGUUGCGGCAUUGUUUAUCGAUAUCACUAUCAUUUCUUGAAGAGAUCGCACAUUGGAGAAUUUCAACAUGAAGACAUUUAUGCUCCUUUUCCUUGCGGGCAUCUGCCAGGCUAUUGAACCCGCGCGCCAGCCGCAUCCUCCUAUUGGCGGCGGUGAUAAGCUUCUGACCUAUAAUGAGACGGUUCCCAGGGCGAAGAUUUCUCCCGCAACUAUCUCAGUGGACUGGAUCUCCACGGACGAGGACGGCCAGUACUUGUAUCAGGACGAAGACUCAACUCUCGUUAUCCAGAGCAUCAUUACUGAAACCAAGAAGACGUUGAUCAAGGCUGACCAAGUGCCGGAUGACGCUCAUGAAUAUUUCCUCAAGCCGGACCUAUCGGCUGUGAUGUGGGCUACCAACUACACCAAGCAGUAUCGCCAUUCUUACUUCUCUAACUACUUUAUUCAAGACGUUAAGACAGGCGAGUUGACUCCUUUGGCCGAAGACCAAGCCGGUGAUCUGCAGUAUGCUGCUUGGGGCCCCGUUGGGAACACAAUCGCAUACGUCCGUGGAAACAAUUUGUUUAUCAGGAAGGACGGUACCACCACACAAAUUACUACCGAUGGUGGCCCUGACACCUUCAACGGCGUCCCCGACUGGGUCUAUGAAGAAGAAAUCUUCGGUGAUCGGUAUGCAUUCUGGUUCUCUCCUGACGGGAAGUCACUUGCAUUCCUACGCUUCGACGAAACUGGGGUGCCUACAUUCACAAUCCCGUACUAUAUGAACAACAAAAAAGUGGCUCCACCCUACCCUAAGGAGCUGGAUCUCCGUUAUCCAAAGGUGUCUGAAACAAAUCCCACGGUUGAAUUCCACCUGCUAGAUAUGAGCUCACUCAAGAGCAAAAAAGUGCCCACUGAUGCGUUUCCCGCGGAUGAGUUGAUUAUCGGUGAAGUUGCAUGGGUCACGGAAAAGCACCAAGAAGUCGUUUUCCGCGCUUUCAACAGAGUCCAAGAUCAGGAAAAGAUUGUCUUGGUGGACACGGGCUCCGGAAAAGCUUCAGUAGUUCGUGAACGGGAUGGCACCGAUGGUUGGUUGGACAAUCUGAUGUCCAUCCAAUACGUUGGCAAUGUUAAAAAUGAUAAGACCCAAGGCCACGGCGACACUUACUAUGUUGACAUCUCUGAUGAAUCAGGGUGGGCACAUAUUUACCUGUUCCCCGUGAAGGGGGGCAAACCGAUCGCAUUGACCUCUGGCGAGUGGGAGGUCACGGGUAUUGUUAGCAUCGAUACGGAGCGCGAAUUGAUCUACUAUCUUUCAACCAAACAUCACCCGACAGAACGGCAUCUAUAUUCCGUUUCAUACAGCACUUUGAAAACAAAAGCUCUCGUCGAUGACACGGUUGCGGCGUACUGGUCUGCGUCUUUCUCCUCCAAGGGCGGAUAUUAUAUUCUCACCUACCGUGGCCCGGACGUUCCUUACCAGGAACUAUACUCUAUUGAUUCCCCCAAGCCCCUCCGGGUAAUCACCAGCAAUGAGGAAAUAGUGAACAAGCUCAAGGAAUACAAACUGCCCAAGAUCACAUUUUUCGACAUCCCCAUUGAAUCCGGUGAUACCCUGGCUGUCAUGCAACGCCUUCCAGCGAACUUUGACCCAAGGAAGAAAUAUCCAGUCCUCUUCACCCCAUAUGGUGGACCGGGGGCCCAGGAGGUCAGCAAAGCGUGGAAAGCGCUUAACUGGAAAGCCUACAUCGCAUCCGACCCAGAGCUAGAAUUCAUCACCUGGACCGUCGACAAUCGCGGCACGGGUUUCAAGGGCCGCAAAUUCCGCGCCACCGUGGCCAAGCAACUCGGGCUGCUCGAAGCCGAGGACCAAAUCGCCGCGGCCAGGUCCCUGGGCAAGAAAUGCUUCGUCGACAAGGACCGCAUGGGCAUCUGGGGCUGGAGCUACGGCGGCUACCUCUCAUCCAAGGUGCUCGAGACAGACAGCGGCAUCUUCUCCUUCGGCAUGAUCACCGCCCCCGUCUCCGACUUCCGCCUCUACGACAGCAUGUACACCGAGCGCUACAUGAAGACCUAUGAGCAAAACGAGGCGGGCUACAACGCCACCGCCGUGCGCAAGCCCGAGGGCUUCAAGAAUGUCGCGGGCAGUUUCCUCGUGCAGCACGGCACGGGCGAUGAUAACGUGCACUUCCAGCACGCGGCGGCGCUGAUUGAUCUGCUGAUGGGUGCCGGGGUGCCACCGCAGAAGAUGGCGACGCAGUGGUUCACGGAUUCUGACCAUAGUAUCCGGUAUAAUGGUGGUUCUGAGUUUUUGUAUAAGCAGCUUACGCGCAUGCUGUAUAAGGAGAAGACCAGGGAUGUGACGAAGGGGCCUGAAGGACAUCAGUGGAGCCGAAGAGGUCGUGAGGGGCCGAGCGUUUAAAGUCCAUAAACGAAUGUUUAUUAUUGUUCGUACGUGUUGUAAAUAAAGAGGGGUGUAUUUGGAGGUUUUUAUGAGAUGGGUGGCUUGGUGUUGGAUACGAAGUCAUAUAUUCUCUCUUUUUAUUAUUAUUACUUACUUACUAUUUCUUUCAUGGAAAGCCGUACUCUUCUCUGACCAAUGAAUAUUGAACACCAUAUACGGAGUAUUGAUUGAUUGAACACGUAUUCCGCACAGUUCUCUCCUUCUUUAAGUCAGUAAGAAAGCACCAAUUAAAACUAUCAUCAUUAUCACUCCAU